UUUGAAAAACAGCAAAUUUCAGUGAAGCACUUAGGAAGAUUAUCCGAUGAAGAAUUCAAGCAGUGUGGUGUAGAUAUAAUUGGUGCUCGGCGAACUUUGCAUGACUAUGCUGAAAUUUUUCAGAAUACCUCUAAUUUUCAAGCAUCAUGA